UAAUUGGACAGCAUAUCAAAAACAAGUAGCUUCAGAAUAAAAUAAAUACAUUUAUUUGGAAUUAUGAAAAAGUGGAAGUCAAAUACAGUUCCUCUAUUUUCGGGGAAAGUAGCUGACUCCAGCACUGCAAUCAAACGAAAUGCAACAUACAAUCCCCAAUUUCCAACUCAAAUUUUGAGUGUGACUAACGAGAACACAUCACAACCAAAAUCCGAAGAAUCGGCUACUUUGAAUAUUGCUGGACCCGAGUUAAGCAAUUAUGAAAAGGUCAAAGUCGUUGGACAAGGUUCAUUUGGUAUAGCAAUUCUUUAUCGCCGCAAAUCCGAUGGACAUCCGAUAGUUUUCAAGCAAAUCAAUUUAGUCGAUUUAACACCAUCCGAACGUGAUUUGGCAAUGAAUGAAGUUGAAGUAUUUUCAAAACUACAUCAUCCCAAUAUCAUAAGUUAUUUGGGUAGUUUCAUUAAAAAUAAUACACUACUCAUUGAAAUGGAAUAUGCUGAUGGUGGGACCCUAGCUCAAGUAAUAGGAGAACGAGUAGCAAGGGAGUAUUUUCCGGAGAGAUAUGUUAUAGCUGUUUUUGAACAAAUUGCUAGUGCUAUAAAUUAUAUGCAUUCUGAGAACAUUUUGCAUAGAGAUCUUAAAACAGCGAAUGUUUUCCUUAACAAGAGAGGCAUUGUCAAAAUAGGUGAUUUUGGUAUAUCAAAAAUAAUGAAUACCAAGAUCCAUGCUCAAACCGUAUUGGGAACACCCUACUAUUUCAGCCCGGAAAUGUGUGAAGGUAAAGAAUACGAUAAUAAAAGUGAUAUCUGGGCAUUGGGAUGCAUUUUGGGUGAAAUGUGUUGUUUGCGAAAAACUUUUGCAGCUACUAAUUUAUCAGAAUUAGUUACCAAAAUUAUGGCGGCAUCUUACACUCCACUGCCAUUAGGAUAUUCGUCUGGAUUACGAAGCCUUUUAAGUAAUCUUCUUCAAGUGGAUUCUACCAAACGACCAAAUGCUUCAGAAAUUCUAGAAUAUUGGAUACCAUUGAUAUUUCGAAAUCUCGGAAAACAAAAAGGGUAUUGUUAUGAAGAUGAUAUUGGUCUCUCGGAUCUUACAUCUACAACUGGAACUAUGUCACUAGAACCCACAGCUCAAACGCACACAAAGGAAUUGAUGAAAGCCUCAACUGUUUCACCGAAUCAAAGCAUUGAGAAAAGGUCUGUUCUUUAUCAAUUAAAAUCAUUUGGUAGCAGUUUUAGCUUAAAUCCAAUUCAAUUACCACCGAAAGCUACCAUUCUCAUGGUUGCGACUAGUGAUUCACAUUUUGUUGUUGUUAACGAAGAUGGCUCAGUUUAUACUUGGGGUGAAGGCUCACAUGGACAGUUGGGUAUAAGUUCAUUAGAAGCUUGGAAACAUUAUCCUAGUCGCAUGGAAAGCGUUCGAAAACAUCAUGUAGUAGGUGCAUGUGCUGGAGAUGCAUUUACAAUUCUUUGGACUAAAUCUGGUUCAGUUCUUAGCUGUGGUGAUAACUCAAAAUAUUCUUUGGGUCAUAAUGAGAUCAAAACAUAUCAUUCUCCAAAAGUUAUAGAAAAAUUAGAAGAUAUAGAAAUUAAAGAAGUUGCAGCUGGAAUGGAUCACGUUCUAGCCUUGAGUACAGAUGGAUCUGUAUACACUUGGGGUACAAAUUCCCAUGGAGCUCUUGGAUUAGGAAGUGAGCAAACCCAGCAAAAAACACCACAAAAGAUCCUUCUGGCACACAUCAAUAGUAAACCACAAAAAAUCUUUUGUGGCCCGAAUACUUCGGCAAUACUUUUUCAGAAUGGUGAUGUUCAUGUUUGUGGAAGCAACGAUUAUAAUAAAUUGGGAUUCAAUAAGCCAGGGAAAAUUAUGGCAUUUAAAAAGGUCAUUCUCCCUCGAAAAGUUAUCGGUCUUGAUCUCUCAUCGACACAUUCAGUUUUUCUUAUCGAAGGUGGGUAUGUUCUGACUAUGGGUCGGAAUUCUGAAGGACAGCGUGGCUUGGGUCAUUGUAAUCCAGUAGAUUUUCCAACGUUUGUUCCCGGAAUAAAGGAUAAAUAUAUUUUGAAGGUAAAAUGUAGUGAUCAAUGUACGAUUGUUUCAUCAGAUGACAAUGUAAUAACAUUCUGGGGAACAAGAAAUGGAAUUCCUGAAAUUCAACAAAAUGGCAAUGGAAAUUCUGAGAACCAUCAAACUGAUAUAGAAAUGGGAAAUAAUACAGCAGCAUUUACAAAUUUCUUAGCAUCAGUUUAUAAAUCGGAAGUUAUCUUGGAUCCAAUUGAUAUUUUGGCUUUGUAUUCUUCGAAGGAACAAUUUGACAAGGGAUAUUACGUAGAAGUCAACAAUAUCUAUCCUCUACCUCAUAGUAUUUUAGUUCUUGUUGACACCACAACUCCAUUGAUAUCGUCUUACGAGGAUCUUUAACAACAUAACAAAAUACAAAGCCUGAAAUUGAAUUUUAAACAAAUUGAAAGUGAAAGAAAAUAUUAAUUUGAUCUCUUUAUAUAAUGUAAUUUAUUAUUAGUAAUUAAUUUCAAUAAUAAAAAAAAACUUAAGAAAAAAAAACAUAAUAAAUUAUUCCUUUUCAAAUGCAACUGUUUUCAAUUGCAUUUUAAAUGUUUAAAUAUUUGACCUAUUUUGUUUUUUUUUUUCAAAUAAAUUUGUUUUAUUUUAAAAAAAUUGAUUUUGCCAUUUUGCUUUUUAAUUGACAUAAACCUAAACAAUCUUUUAUUUGUUUUACUUUUCAAUUCAUAAAAUUGCCUUAUGUACAAGAUUUUUGUAAUAUACACACAUAUUUCAUUUUUCAUUUUUUUUUGUUAAUUUAAUUUUUCGUUGGGAGAUAAUCAUAUACGGUUGUACAAAUUAUACAAUAAAUAUAAUAAUUAUAAGUAAACUGAUUUAAAACAAUUGCACAUUUGCCAUUUGAAAUUAAUUUACAAUGUGUUUUUGUUGUUGUUGUUUAAAUAAAUUUAUAUUGAUAGGUACGUUCAUUUUUUUAAAGAAAACAAAAAAAUAGAUAAAAAUAGUUUCAUAAAAUUUAGUUAAAGUAUUUUUGUGCGAGCAUCCAAAAGUUCUUAUAAAUAUUAGCCUUAUUCUCCUAUUUACUGCAACGAAUCAUUCUCAUAAAAUGUAUAUAUUGUCCUUUAAUACUCUUUAGUAGUUAAUCUGCCAUAUCUCAGAAAAUAGUCGUUAGGUUCUGUAACUCUAGGAUUUCGAUGAAAUCGGCCAAAAAAUAAAAUGUGGUUUUUCAAAGUGUCUCCAUCAAUUUCAGUGAUGCAACAGAUCACCAAUAAAAUAAGCAAUAUGAAUUUCUUUGAUAAACAUUUAACGCUUCAGAUCUUUGUUCCUGUGUGUCUUUUUAAAAGGUAAUUUCAAUGCGAUUUAAACAUGAAAAAAGACCACUUCCAUAAUCCUUUUUUAAAUAUACAGGGAGAACACGAUAAAAGAUGAGACAUCAAAAUAAGUCGCCUUGAAAAAGGGCAAAUGUAUGUAUGUAACAGUUUUU